AUGAUGGAAGAAAGAGUCCUCAACGAUAUAUUCACUUCUGUGCGACAUGAGAUGAAGUCCGGGAACGUCAUCUGGGAAGAGCUCAUCUCAUCUGGACUGCGCUACGUCUCAGCCGUCAGGACGGCAAUUGCAGCCCACUCUCAGUUCCUCGAAGUGCUCAACAAAGUCGGAAACUUCUCAUCACGCUCUUCGGCUGGAAGGGAUGAAGUCGGAGCUUUGUUGUGCCAACUGGUUGACGAACAACGCUGCGCAGAUGAGCUCCGAGAAGCCUCAGUCAAACAGCUUGCUGAUAGCGUCCUCUCGCCACUUCGUGAACGAGUACAAGAGUGGAACAAGAGCCUCGACUCAAGCUCCUCCUCGAAGCUGAAUGGCUCCACAAAAUCGCUGUCGAAGGGAUCUUCAGAAAACAUAUUCAAUCGGGCAGCAAUGACCUUGUCCCGUCGCUCUCGACGUGGAUCAUCCUCCAAACCCCAAGGACAAAAGGAUCAGCAGUCCGAAUCGCCAAUACUCCGCCACGUGAACAAAGAUACUGUAGCCAACGCACUGGUGGAACAUCGCGCGCGAAUGUCUACCUUCGUUCGUUCACUUUCUCCUUAUGUUGCCUCGCAAGUUACCUUUGGAGCUCAACUCGCUAAAAUGCAGCGAUCUGGUGGCAGCCUUGGAACUGUGACGACUGUCAAGUCUUACCAAAUUCAUAGCUGGCUGGAUGAACAAAUCGCGAUGGCAAAUGGAAGUCUAAGAAACGGAAGCCACGCUAGGAAGUCCUCGGUCAGCUCGAUGAAUUCAAUUAGCAGUUCGAAAUCAGACUCAAAUUCGUCGGGUAGAACCGAACCGCCUUCUGACUUGCGACAGACACUUUUACGCCAAACUUCUGAGUACCGACUUUCCUCGACAUCACACGAUUCUGGUUUCACUUCCCAAGCGCUCGACAACGACCUCCCCGAGAUGCUCCCGAUUGACACCAGCUGCCCAACCAACACGUCGAAUUCGCCAACCGCUACAUUCGCCGCAAACAGGACAAAUUCAUGGCGCAACUGGCCUAAACCCGGGCCCUACGAUGAGAACAAAAACACAUCUCGCAACGCUUCUUGCCCCGGAUCACCCACCAAGACAAACUCAACAAAUGUUCAAGAUCAGUUCAACAACACGCUCCCAGAUGGAUUUGUCUUGCCGCCGCCACCACCAGAACUGCUCAGCAGCCAAUUCAAUGAGCUCCAAGUGAAUACAACCGACAACAGCGCGAAUAGUGAGCAGGCUCGCAGCAUAAGCUCAAUGAGCUCCGCACCACUCUCCCCAUUCAUGGCAAAUCCUAGUGGUUUCACAGACGAUUAUCAACCACCACGUAGAGAAAUCACGAAUGGCCUGGCAACUAUUCGCCGGACUCCAUCAUCCUCUGCUUCCAGUCCACUACGCCGCGGACUGGUUCCUACUCCUGUCCCAGUUCCGCCCGUUCCUUCCGCCUCGCCACAAGCUUCUCCCAGUAUAACUUCCACGCCCAAAAAGGUGCCUCCACCGCCGCCUCCCGCAAGUGCGAAACCAAAGCAACUCGCGCCUCCCCCUUUGACAACUCGUCCUCCUCUUCCAAUGCAGAAGCCCAAGCGCAACGGCUCCGUUCUAUCAUUCAACGGUUUCGGCUAA